CAGCUGUCUCGCGCGCUGCGGCAGCAUUCUGCCCCAGACCUCCACGCCUUCGUGCGUCGAUGCGUCGAUGAUCAGGCGCGUAUGCAGCUUGCAGCUUGCACACUUGUUCCAGCACGGAGGGACAGAGGCGGGAAAGGACGAACAGGGGAGAGGGCAGGUAGGCAAGGACGUUGAUGACCAAAUCAGGCUGAAAGACAGACGGAAAUGUCGGCUGUGUCACCAUGUCAACAUGGAUAAAGACAUACCAGCAGAGGCGCUCCCUCCGGUGCGUUGUUGGCCUCUCCAGCUGCAGCUGCGUUGCUGCUGGUCUCCCCACCAGCAGCAGGGGCUGUGGUUGAGGCAGCAUGACAAAGCUCAGGGGCUACAGCGGGGGCAUCAGGGGCUGUGGUUGAGGCAGGUGCAGCAGAAGUAGCAGCAUGAGACGACUCAGCGCUUGCAGGCGUAGAGCGCGGUGCUGUUGGUGUGUUGCCUUCGGUGCUGGCCUGCAGGGCUGCAUGAUGGCUCAGUACUGCUGUAGCGGCAGUGGCAGGUUGUUCUGCCUGCAGUCACGACAAAACCAUGGCAAAACUACAGUAAGCUGUGGCCUCGUUGCUGCUCCUCUCAACAUCUUGAUACCUCGUCGUCAUCGUCAUGCCGGCGUGACUCAUACUCGAGCACGUUGCGGAGUGGGACGGCUGGCGAGGGGCUCUCGAACAUGGCAGCCAUCAUCACACCACGAGCGGCCUGAGAGAGAAAACAGACGGAUGAAAAUGUACGAAUCCCCUUUUCUGCGAUGGGGCUUACUCGGCCGGUCGAUUCUUGCCCUUCAGGGUCAUCCACUCCGGCAGCUGCUGCCGCUGCUGGUCUUCCCACCAGCAGCAGCCGCAGCAGCAGUAGCGGCAGCAUGACGAGGCUCAGCGCUUGUAGGCGUGGAGCGCGGUGCCUCCGGUGCUGGCCUGCGGGGCUGAAUGAUGGCCUGCGGACCUGCAUUGGCGUAGCGGGAUGGCGAAAAGGACACCGAAAUAUAAAACGCAGGCGGCGAUCGAUGCCUGCACCGCACCCACAGACACGCCAAUGAAUGAGACACCUGGACGCAAUCCCAUGAGAUGAGGUGUGUAUUUCUUUGUGUGUGCACCAGCAGCGUCCUCCGUCCUCUGAUCUGCUCUGCCGUCGGCCUUGUCCGUUGACCCCUGAUUGCCCCCAUCGCUGCCUCCCCCGUGCGACCGCCCUCUCUUAUUGCUGCCGAGACUCAGGUGCUGCACCGUUGAAGGCUGGGAGGGAAGGGGAGGGGUGGCGGUGUACUCGUAGCGAUCGUCCUGCGGCGGGUACACGUAGGGCAGCAGCUCCAGGCGGGGUCUGAUGGCCGCGGGGCUCUCCAGCCAUGGCCCCGCCCACAUCGAGAUGAGGGUGUUUGGCGGCUUGACCAUAAAGAGGCCCAGGCCGCCAAUCUGAACCAAGAUGGACAUGGUUUGGUGUGGUGUGGGGGAUGGUGGAUGGGGUGUUUGCCUUUUCGUUGUGUGCGGUGAUGAAGCUCAUGUCUCUGUGACGAUCCAUGAGGCCCGCGAGCUGCUGCAGUUUUGAGCUAAUCACACCCAGCUGCUGCACUCCAAAUGACACAGACAGACAGACAGACAGACAGAGAUCAUGUGUCUGUGACGUGACCCUUCAGCUCCCUCGUGAGCACUGCCUGCGUAUCUGACCUCUGUUGCUGUUGCGAUGUCAGGAUCCUCCUGCAGCUUGAUCUUGAGCAUCGAAAAACGCCGCUGCGCAUGGCCCGGGAAGGCCCUCACGUACCUGCCCGGUCACGACAUUCAUGUGUGGUGUCUUCAUCAGCCACCUGUGUCUCUGUCUCACUCACCGGGUGGCCAUGUCGAGUGCGAAGAGGUCUCCCGCCUUGUCUCCCACACUAAACACCCUGCUGACAUCCGGGCGCCGUGCCAGCUCCUCUGUGAAGGUCAGGACCUGCACAAAACAGAUCAGGAGACAUCGCAUCGAUGGACACACAUGGGGGGACGAAGGAAUGGCUGGCUGCACACAUGGGGAUGGGUCUCUCUGCAUCUUAUCUUGUUCACCCACCUUCCACGCGAUGCCGUGUGGCUCCAUCGGCACGCCCCUCCCCGUCCCUCUGUCCCUGGCGCUGUAGAUGACGAUGCCGUGCUCCUGCAGAUAGUCUGCUAGCCACGGCACCGCCACCAGGCACUGCGCCACCCAGCCUGCCAGCCAGCACAACAGAAGACGCGUCACAGUGGCCACUUGUCCCUCCCUCCCUCCCUUCCUCCCCUCACCCUUGCCGCCGUUUGUUAUGAUGGCCACCCGGCCGCCCUCGUCCAGCACCUGAUGGAAAACCGAUAUGGCCUCCUUGCCGUAGUUGGAGAGGGUGGCACUGACGGCGGCGAUCUCCUCGGCGUCUGCCUGAGUCUUGGGGACCUGCCCCUUCAGCCAGCGCAGGAAGGCGCGGUGGCCCUUGAUCCACGUCGUCGGGAACAAUGUGUCGUCCCUGACACGCACAACAUGGAGACCUGAGCACGGACGCCACCUGACUGCACUUUUUCACCAGUCAACAUGCCAGUCAAAAAUGAAGAAAAUCCCCUCGGACCUUCCUGUGCGGCGCGCGAGCUGUUGCAAUUGGGGCCGCUGGUGGGAGAGCUCAAACGGCCUCUGCAGCAGGCCUCCCGAGUCGCGGUGGUGCUCCUGGCAGGCUCUGGGGGCUCUGGGUGGCCGCUUCCCCCCUGAUCAGCUAUGCAUAAUUCUGAAUUGGGGCCCGACUCUUGGCCCGAGUUGUCGGAGUCGUCGAUCCCCGGCGGCGGUGCCAUCG